AUGUCCCCAACACAGCCUGGUCCAGGGACGCCGUCAUUUCCCGGAAACAGUCCCCACCAUGCCUCCGCUCCACAGGGCGUGUCGCUGCCGCCGUUGCGACACUUGUCGCAGACUCCGCCUAUGCCUCAGUCUGACAGACGACAGGGUAACCCGCUGGGUGUGCACUCAAUGCUGAACCCGCAAGCGGAACUGGCAGAACAACAGCGGAGUCGCAGGAGGAGCGGGUCGCAGAUGGAAUCACCCUCUCCUGUGGAGACGCUCCUCUCCAACAGUCUACCAUCCAUCAGCCGACCGCCGAGCGUGGGCUCAGCCCCCGAUGAUGCCAGAGCGUUCCCACCGCCGGGAAGGCCACCGGUAAGGCAUAUGCUCAGCCCCAGGUCGCCAGGUGUGCGCCCACCACAGCCUGUGGGCAUGUUGGGGCAGCCAACGGGUACGAUUGAUGCCAUCCACUCGCCUUUUGUUCCCCCGAGCAACAGGGGCUAUGGAUUGGAUCCCCUACCAUCACAAACCAGUGCUCCAACGCUGCCACUUGGACCGCGAACGACCUACUUCUCCCCUAUGCCGCCAACAGCGCCGACACCUCCCCCAAGCGUGCCGCGUAACGAGAUGCGACGACCCAGCCUCAGCUUCCCACAGUCCGGAACAGCGAGCCCCAUACCCUCCUACUCGCCCUUCAAUUCCGCUGCUUCGGUGGCUUCUAGCCCCAGCCAGUUUGAAACUGCAAGCCAACAAGGCGUCUAUGGAAGCCGCCCGCCAAAUCCCCCGAUUGCCAUGGAGACGGAGCGCGCCGGGUUGAUCUCGAUGCAGCCGUCAGGGCAGAAUACAAUUCAGAUGAUGACCAUCAAGAAUCAGCAUGGACAUGACGUACAGAUACCCGUCGACGUGCAGGCAGCAUCCAAAGUGGCCGACGAGAAGCGGAAGCGCAAUGCGGGCGCCUCGGCUCGAUUUCGCGCACGUCGCAAGGAGAAGGAACGCGAGGCGUCCGAUCGCAUAUCGCGCCUGGAGCAAGAGCUGGCAGAGGCGCGAGAGGACGCUGACUUUUACCGCAGCGAGCGCGACUUCUUCAAGGCCGCUGUACUGGAGCGAGGUCCAGCUGAGCAUCACCACUACGCCCGUCCGCCGUCGCCUCGCCUUCGACGGCCCUCGGCCGCUCCCUCGUCCACUGCCGGCGGCUCAGUGUCGUCCUUUUCUGGCUACGAUGACGCGGAGCCGCUCGGUGACGGCGACCGCAACGUCCGCCGUCGAACCAGUAGCUAUCAUCCUGCAUCCGGUCCGCCGCCCCCACAUACGAAUGGCUCCGGACCCCAUCCGAAUCCCGAUGCGGGGCCUCCGCCUCCCCCGCCGCCAGCCUCGACGCAACCGCCUCAGGCCUUUGACCCGCGGACCCAACGGCCUCUCCCUGACCUCCAGCUGCCUCCGGCUCACCGACCUGUCCUUCGAGACCCAUUUGCGCACGAUGCGGGCCGCUAUGAGGGUGGGAACUGGGGUCACGGCUCCAAUCGCGGGUAG